UAGCCGUGUGUACCAGGCACUUGCUGAUGUAUGAGUGUUAGCUUUUUUACUUUCAUACCCGCAAAGGAAGAACUCAACUCCCGCUACAUCUGGUCAUGCAGGCUGAUUUGUCGAAUCUGACCCUCCACCUGGAGAACUCGCUGACGCGGACGCUGACCGACUACCUGAACAGCUGGACCUGGAACGCCACGGAGGCGGACCGGAAGCUGGACGCGCGCCUGACCGAGGAGAACUUCCGGAACGUCAUCUGGUACCUGAUGGUGAUGAUUGGCAUGUUCGCCUUCAUCGUGGUGUCCGUCCUGGUGAGCACGGUCAAGUCCAAGCGGCGAGAGCACUCGGACGACCCCUACCACAAGUACAUCGAGGGGGACUGGAACGCCGACCCCGCCCUGGUCAUCGCCAACGCCGGCUCCAAGGACCUCAGCGGACUGGCCUCUCCCUGAGGGCCCCAACCUCUGCUGCUGUUAGCCUCUCUCGACCGUAUCACCACUCUCAGCCGAGGGGCACCUAUGUGUCGCUCGAUGGAGCUUUAAGCCCUCAGUGUUGUUUUUGACUAACCCCAACCCCAACCCCAACCUUAACCUUAACCCAUGUCUAGCGACUUCUAGGCAGCGCUGCCUUGAAGACAACGUUGGGGGCUUAAAACACCAAGAAACCUAUGAAUCACUGCCCUUAUGAAGAUGAAUAUGUCCUUUACAAGAUUGCUAUUUAUGUGAUGAUUGCGUCAAGUUGACCUCUAAGCAUUACAACCUAAAGUCCACUAGAAGUGGAGUGUUGAAAUGAAUGACACUAUAUAUAUAUAUGAGAGAAUGCCAUUUUUAACGUUGUCCUAGUGACCACCAUGG